AUGCAGUUACGGGCAAGUAUUGCCUAUAAUAGAAGAAAAGAUGCAGUGAGUGGUUUUGUAACAGAUGGACACGAAGCUAAGAAAAUUCUUGCUGAUCAUGCUCAGGUUUUCUUAAUCCGGGGCCUUAUUAAAAAUUUUAAGCAACCAAUAGCCUAUACCUUCUCAUCAGGUAUGACAAAAGGUUAUGAAUUAGCUAAACAAAUAAAAGAAAUUAUUACUGGACUGCAGCAAGUCGGCUUUAAAGUUUUAGCUACUAUCUGUGACCAAGGCACAAAUAAUAGGCAAGCAAUCAAAAUCCUCAAAGAGGCGACAAGGAGGUCAUAUUUAUGCCAAAACGAAACGGAAAUGCCUCGAGAUAAUAUUUUUAUUAUAAAUUCUCAAGAAAUUGUUCCAAUAUUUGAUCCACCUCAUUUAUUAAAAGGUAUAAGAAACAAUCUUCUUACUAAAAACCUUAAUUACAAAAUAGAUGGAAAACCUGGCACAGCUAAAUGGCAUCAUUUAGAACUACUCUAUAAAGAAAAUCCUGGCUACAAAGGCAUAAGGCUUAUGCCUACGUUAACGGAAACUCAUAUAAUUCCUACCAAAAUACCAAAAAUGAAAGUCAAAUACGCCAGUCAAAUAUUCAGCCGAACAAUCUCAUCCAAUAUGGGAUAUCUCGCAGGUAUAUAA